GACAGAGCAAAUUUCCAAAGGAGAAUCAUCAGAGAACGAAAUUUAGUAUCUAAAGGUCAAAGGAAACAAGCAAAAUAAAAAUAAAAUGUUUUCGUCCCAGAUUUUGGUAUUUGUGUUGGCUACGUCGGCGUUGCUGCACCCUGCCCAAUCCUUUGCGCCUCCAUCGUUGCUAUCUGCGUCUUCCAAAGCCUCUUCCCUUGUGUUAAAUGGGAAGAAAAGCAAACGAAAAGGUGGAGGCGGUGGUUACAGUGGCGGCGGUAAGAAAGGAGGAGGCCAGCAGCCACGUCAAGAAAAACAAUCUGUCCAAGAUCAACGGUUUGAUGCAGCAACGAGACAAUUCAUGUUCACCCUCAGUGGAUUGUCCAAAAUGCUACCCGACAAGUCGAAAAAAAUUCUCGAUAACAUCCAUUUGAGUUUCUACCCCGGUGCAAAGAUCGGUAUUGUUGGAUUAAACGGAAGCGGGUGAGAACAAAGAAACACAAAAAAUUGUUGCCGAAAGGCAAAGUCGACGGUGACGGCCAUAUCUUUUCCUCCCUCUAAUUCUGAAAAUUCUUCCUUUUUUUCUACCAUACACACCAACCUACAAAAUWUAUCAAAAUCAAUGGAUGCAGUAAAUCGACUUUGUUGAAAAUCAUGGCUGGUGUCGAUACAGAAUACGAUGGCCUGGCAAGGCCACUACCAGGUGCUUCGAUCGGUUACUUGGCGCAGGAACCAGUUCUUGAGUUCCCAACCGUACAAGAAAACAUCGACGAAGCUAUGAAAUCUUCGCAAGCAGUUCUCGAUGAAUACAACGAGAAGAGUAUGAAACUAGCAGACCCCGAUAUCACCGACGACGAAAUGACACAAAUCAUGGAGGACAUUGAAAAACUGAAUGACCAAAUCGAAGCAGGUGAUAUGUGGGAACUGGAUCGAGUUGUAUCGAGAGCGAUGGAUUCUCUCAGAGUACCACCUGGCGAUGCUCUUGUUGAAAACUUGAGUGGUGGAGAAAAGAGACGAACAGCUCUGUGCCGCUUGUUGCUUGAAAAUCACGACAUGCUCCUACUGGACGAACCGUAAGUCAUCUACUCUCUAUUCAGAUUGCRAACCAUUGAAAAACGGCCCGUCGAUUUAUCUCAAUGCACUUAUCUCUGCUUUCUUGCAUGCAAAGAACAAAUCACCUCGAUGCCGAAUCAAUUCAAUGGCUGGAAACAUAUUUGGAUAAAUUCAAGGGAACCGUUGUUUGCAUUACCCAUGACCGAUACUUUUUGAACAAUUGUGCCGGAUGGAUAUUGGAAUUGGAUCGUGGAAAGGGAUAUCCUCACGAAGGAAAUUAUGAAACUUUCUUGGAUAUGAAGAACAAACGCCUUGAAGAAGAAAAGAAAGCAGAGACCGCCGCAGCCAAGGCCGUCGCGAAUGAACUGGAAUGGAUUCGAACGAAUCCUAAGGCCAAGGGAAACAAAUCAAAAGCUCGCCUCAAUAGAUACGAUGAAUUGCUAUUGGCAGCGGCUCCUACAGAGCUACGAAAUGCUGGUCAAAUCUAUAUUCCACCGGGACCUCGAUUGGGAAAUGAGGUAAUUGAGGUCACGAAUUUGAAGAAAUCUUUCGGCGAUCGACUCCUGAUCGACGAUUUGAGUUUUUCGUUGCCGCCGGCAGGAAUUGUUGGAGUUGUGGGACCUAACGGUGCGUGGCUUUGUUGGUUUAUAUUUGGCUGCAGACUCAUGUUUGCGUGGAAUUAUCUAAUCUUCUUUGAAUAUUGUCUGUCCUCUGUUUGUGCUAUCGUUUUUGCAUUGCUAUUCUGAUUUCUUCAAUUUUGAUUCGACMGAAGGUGCCGGAAAGUCAACUCUCAUCAAAAUGCUCACCGGAUUGGAGGAACCGGAUAGUGGAACGAUCAAAGUUGGUGACACAGUAAGUUGCUUUAGAAUUUUAUUUUCGCCCUUUUCCUCGAAACGAAUGAUCUCAUUAGAACUUUCAUCUCUCUGUCGUWAGGUGAAAAUGGUUUCUGUUGGUCAGGAACGCAUGGACGAAUUGGACUCGUCAAAGACAGUUUUUGAUGAGAUUUCUGAAGGUUUGGAUGAGAUCGAAUUGGGAACCUCAUCAAUCAUGUCUCGUGCGUAUCUUUCGUGGUUCGGCUUCAAGGGACAAUCCCAGCAAUCAAAGGUAAGGCCAAUAAAUGACUGGCAACUACAAGUGGAUUAGCUAGUUUUUUGUCGCAUGUUGUCUUUUUUAUGAUCUCAACAGUGUACCAUUGUUCCGUUUAAUUUCAUUACACCUGUGAUGCUAAUAUCGCAGGUUGGCAACUUGAGUGGAGGAGAACGCAAUCGUGCACAAUUGGCGAAGUUGAUGAAGGCGGGCGGAAACUUGGUAAGGAUGAAAUACGACGAGCUUAUAGUGCUUACAGCAUUCAUAUUUCAUUGUGCGUGCUCGUUUAACUAGUUUUAAAGAAUGGUGCGCUCAACUUUAUUUUCUUGUGUUUUUCAUGGAACAUACUGUUGACUUCAAUCAUGACUGCAUCAGAUCAUUCUCGACGAACCGUCUAAUGAUCUWGACGUCGAAGUGCUGAGAAGUCUCGAGGAGGGUCUCCUCAAUUUUGCAGGAAGUGCCUUCGUUGUUAGUCACGACCGUUACAUGCUCGAUAGGCUUUGCACUCACAUMCUGGCGUGCGAAGGAGACUCCAAAUGGCACUAUUUCCCGGGCAACUAUGCAGAAUACGAAGAAGACAGAAUGAAGCGUCUUGGUGAAAGCAGUAUCAAGCGCAUCACCUACGCUCCAUUGGUGAACUCGUGAGGUAUUUCUUUCAUUGAUGUAUGAAUUGGAAAUAGGAAAUGUUGAAACUCCAAAUGAUUUUUUACUCGUACAUCCAUAUUAUUUUGUUGGAGAAAAUCGUUGCCAGGCAGUUCAACUAGUUUUCGAACACAAUGGACAAUCAUUGGCUACCUGGUACAAGCAGUAUGCGAUACGGUUAUACUAUUCGGAAUUUACUUCCUAAACAGACUUGUCCUUUCGAAAGAUAUUUCCUCUGUCCAAAUCUCCUGGUAGCUUCAUCAAACGAUACUAGUUUGAAAGUAGAUGUGUUAAAUGAAGUCUAGAAGGACUA